UGAAGAUGGAAGAUCAAGAUGACGCCGAGGGUCAGCAACCAGGUGAUCUGACCUCCGUUGCCCCAUCUAGCCUCGAAAGAUCGCCUGGAAAUGACUUAACAAAAGACAAAAAUGAAAAUUUCUUUGAGGAAGAAUCCCCCUUAAAUUCAAUGGAUAUAGAAUCUGCCGACCCCUUGGCUCAUUACAAUUUCAACAAUGUAUACAGUGGCAGGCUGGCCAAGCAGGAGAAAUUGCGGAGUGUGCGGGGGAAAAAAGAGCCCAGAGACAAACUUUUAGCAAAAACAAAACUCAAAGACAUAAAUACAGUGGACCAGGGGGAUGCAAUAACCAAUCCUGAAAAAGAUGAAAGUCCUGACAGGUUCAAUAUUCAAAGGAGAAAACAUAAACUGCGAAAAACCUCCAGAAGUCUUGAAAGAGAUAGAAAAAGUACAUCACACGUAGAAGGACCACAGAUGCUAGCAAAGCAAGAGCCAUUAAAAGUAGACUCUCCAAACAGAUUUUUAUCACUUAAUUCAAAACCGGUGACAAACGUGCCUCAUGAAAACAGUGCCUCUCCUCUUGAGCCUUUGCGUAGUUAUCAACGAAGGCAGCUCUCUCAUCAUCCUGAGGAAUGCCCUCCCGACAGAGUUUCAUUUCAUGAAACUUUUAAAUUGUUGGUCAAUAUGGGGACCAAACCAACAAAAGAAGGAAAGAGAGAAAAGAAAGACUACAACAGACAAAUUAGCUCAGAGCAGGAGAUCUGGCAAACAAAAUUAAAUGAUCUUGUAUGGCUGGAACUGCAGGCUUGGCAUUGUGCAAGAACAGUGAAAGAACAGGAUAUUUACCUGUGCAAAGAGAGAGAAAAAGUGGAAACUUCAUUACAAGAAAUCAUGAAAUUUAUGUUUACAGAAAAUGAAUCAGCUAGAAGCUUAUCAAGUGAAGGUGACUUACCCGCCUACAUGUGGACUCAAGAGCACAUAUAUAGACAACUGGAGGCCAUAGAACAGGUUACAGAGCAACUAGAAAAGUUAGAACAUAUAGAACAGCUUUUUCCCACAACCAAGGCUCUGGGUAAAGAGUCAGAUCUCUACUCCUCUGUGGAGUUCACACACAAAGUGAACACCCUGUACGUGUGGUUGAAUGUGACAAAAGAACUGGGUCAUGCCCUGAAUGUAGCCACCAAGGUGCUGGGAGUGUAUCAGGACAUUGGUAUAAGAUGGCCGAGAGUUGAAUAUGAAGACCCAAGUGCACUGCAGACUGGCAUUGGUGAUGAUAGUGAUGAUGACGAUGAAGAAUAUGAGGAUGAAGAUGAUGAAGAAGAUGAGUAUGCCACUGAUGAGGGACAGGAAAUAGAUUCUGCCGGAGACCCAGCUGGCUCUGACGGCAGUAGAAGAGGUGCAGGCAAUAGGCCAAGAAAGAUUAAGAACGUGCGGUUCAGCUUGGACAAUCAUUCACGACCCCAAUCCCCUGAAGAUCGGUUAGCCCCACCGGUGACUAGCUCCACGCCUGUCAGCAGUGGUGUCAUCAGUCAUUCCAGUUCCGUCUCCAGCUUGUCGCGAACCUCCAGCGAAGUCAGCCUCACUGACCAGACCAGUACCUCCAUGUACAGACCAUUUGCCGAUAAAAAUCUCAAGAAGAUGGGGAUGAAAAAAUUGGUGAUGCGACUCAAGGAUUUAUUGGAUGGGACCCUGCACAGAGCAAAGAGAGCCUUAGAAGGACCGUCUCGGUUUAAUUCCAUGGAAAACUCUAAGGGGGGCAUUCAGCUAGGUGAUGAGGUGGCAGUGAUGACCCACUCUCCGUCUUGGGACCUCUCUCCAGAAGUCAUGCAACUUCUUGGGUUAACACGCGAUCGGAGGUCCAGUCUCCCCAUACAGGGAGCAUGGAGUGAGGGUUUUGACAAUAUGAAAUUACCCUCAUUUCGCCCUGCAUAUUUAUUCUUAGUUCGCGUGCCUUUGGAUGUCAUUCAUGAGUGCUUGCGCCUGAGGCUGGAGCAGAGGAUUCUGGGAAAGGACCCAUCUUUAUUGAGCAUAAAACAGUUAAUACGUGAGUGCAUGGAAGUGUUAAAGGCUGGUGUCCUGUUGAAGCAGUAUUAUCGUCACAUGGUGGCAGCAGUAAUGUGGGAUGACAUCCACGCCGAGGAGAAAUUUGAGAUGGGACUGGAGCAGUUUGAUGCUGACAUGAAAGAGAUGCUAGAGGUCUACUUCAGCUACCUGCAAACCUGGAUGUGUUCAUUGCAAAACUUGCCAGAAGCUUCUAGAGCCCUUAGAAAUGCUCUUGAGGAGCAUUGGACAUUCACCAAGGAAAUUUGUGCCCAUAUCCUAGGGGGAGAGGCAGAGGCAGGGAAGAGAUUUUGCACCAUGGCAAGUAGCCUCCUCAACUCCAUAGCAGACUUUCUGGAGAUUGGCAUAGACGAGUGCAUCCACAACUAUGACUCAACCAUGGUGGAGUCCGUCUCCAUGGAGCAUUCCUCCUCAGAGGAGGAGGGGGAGGAGGAGCACACACUCAGGCAUAAUAGAUCCACAGAAUUGAGGCAAGGUAUUAUCAGAAUAUGCAGGGAUAUUAAGAACCUGUUCCAUGAAGCUAGAGAGAGGGCAGCCAAGGCAGUAGGAUUUGCCAAGAUGCUUAGAAAGGAUCUUGAGAUUGCUGCAGAUUUUAACAUUCUAGUUGAACCAGCACAGCUGUUGGAGAAACUGAAGGAAACAGACCACAUCAAGGUGAAUGCCCCUGCCAAUGCAGGCUACCUGAUGUUUAUACCACACCACAUCAGUGAGGACAAAGAACAGAUUCUACAGCUGCUGAAUGUCACCUGUGGUAGGGAGGACAUUCACCACUCAUUCCCGGUGGGCAAGGAGAGUCAUGAAGGUUACCUGCUGCUGGUCCGGUGGGAAACCGGGACGUGUGGCUGGGAGGGGACGUCGGUCAGGGUGGAGCCCACUGCUGAGACCACUAUUGCCCUGUCCCAUAUUGAGGUUGAAGGUCUGUUGUUGGUGGUCAUCAACUCUUCACAGCUGCCAGCACAAAGGAAGAGCUUUAAAAGGAGCAUGGGGUCAGCUGUGGAACUUGUCAACGAGCAGACGUCAUGUCAUCAGGCCAUCGCUGAAUCCUUGAUUGACCUGAAGACAACAGCCAUGUAUUUGAGGGAAAAGGUAGCAAAGGCCAUAAUACAGGUGGAUGAGAAGCUGAAUCUUGAUGACAUUUCAGAGAGGGAAGAAAUGGAGAAAUACAACAUAUUGAAGUUAUACAGGGAAACCAUGCACCAAUGCUAUAACUUUGGUUUUGAAUACCACAAAGAAGUGACCAGGCUGGUGACAGGUGACGCCAGACAGAAGCUAGCACAUGGCCUGAUAAGUUUUGCCAAAGAAUGGACCAAGUUUGUUACACAAAAAUGUGAGAGAGGGCGAGGAGUAAAACCCAGAUGGGCAAUGCAAGGUCUUGAGUUUCUCACAGUAGCUUGUGAGGCCAGGGUUCUGGCCCUCCUCACAGAAGGUGAAUUCUUGGAUUUGAAGCACAGUAUCAACAACUGCAUAUCCCAUGUGAUUGGCAGUUCUUCGGAUAAAACGGGCAGUCCAAACUUUCGCACCAGCAGCCCAGACCCAGUGAAUGCCCAGAGGAACGCCAUGAUCUACAGGAACCUGUCCUGUCCAGAGCCGGCACCCUCCCCCAAGCCAAUACGAACCCGCUCUGUGCUGAGUGACCCUGCCACGUCGCCUCACCCAUCACAGUCUGACCCUUGGUUAGGUGGCAACCCAGCAGCAUCACCCAGUCGCGCUGUGGAAAUUCAUGAUGGAGAAAAUGGUGGAAUUGUUAUGGAUGUUCACGUCAGACCAAAAGGCCCAAUUUUAGAGAAAAGACAUAGCAUUGGAGCAAUGAGUUUCUCAGAGAAGGACAAUCUGUAUACAGAAAAGCAAGUUGUACCUCGUGUGCCACUGAAGCCUAUGGAGCGUGUCCAUCAAGCAGUGGCUAGGCUAGAGCAGGAUCAAAAUGAAAGACUUUUGGCAAAAAGAAGAAUUGGGCGUAUCACCACUCAGAGAAGUGACAAUAACUGUCACUUGCAUAUGAGGAGGGUGCAUUUUAAGUGGCAAAGGGGCAAUAAAAUUGGGGAGGGGCAAUUUGGCAAAGUAUAUUGUGCAGUCAAUAUGGACAAUGGAGAACUUAUGGCAAUGAAAGAAAUCCGUUUCCAACCCAAUGACCACCAGACAAUAAAGGACAUAGCAGAUGAGAUCAGUCUGUUUGAAAGCAUACAGCACCAAAGCUUAGUGAGAUAUUUUGGGGUGGAGGUUCACAGGGAUGAAAUGGUGAUCUUUAUGGAAUACUGUGAUGAGGGCACAAUUGAGGAAGCAGCAAAGAUGGGUCUCACUGAACCACUCAUCAGGAAGUAUACCAAAGAGAUUCUAGUAGCCAUCAGCUUACUACAUGACAAUAAAAUUGUACACAGGGACAUUAAGGGUGCCAAUAUUUUCUUACAAUCAAAAGGGCCAUUGAAACUUGGAGACUUUGGGUGUUCAGUGAAAUUAAAGAAUCACACCACCAUGCCUGGAGAAAUCAACACUUUAGUGGGAACAACAGCUUACAUGGCUCCAGAAGUGAUCACACACAAUGACCGCGAGGGCCACGGCCGUGCUGCAGAUAUCUGGAGCCUUGGAUGUGUGGUCAUUGAGAUGGCUACAGGCAAGAGACCUUGGCAUGAGCUUGAGAACAACUACCAGAUCAUGUUCAAAGUUGGUAUGGGGUGCAAACCUGCCAUCCCAGACACCCUGAGUGAGGAGGGGAAGGAUUUCCUGUCACAUUGCCUGGAAAUUGAUCCCCGGGAAAGGUGGACUGCAAGCCAAUUACUAGGACAUUCCUUCACUAAGGUAGGGCUUAUAUGUAAAUGUGUAAUAUAA